ACGUCACUUCCUCUUCUAUGUGGCUACAUUGGUACGUGGUUAAAAACAGCAAGGGCGCCACGUACACAUUAUGAAAAGAUACCGUAGGUCUUUUAAAGAAAAGUCUCCUCAAGUCGCAGAUCCAUCGUCAUUUUAGCGUGUCUUUCUAAAAUCGCCGAAGGGAGCAGCACAUUUUUCAUUUGAAACAAGGGGUGGAGACAGAAGUUUCCAACUUGAUCUGCAGGAGUUUAGAGAAGCAAACUUGUAACACAAGUUAAAAUGAGUGAAAACAAUCAGCAACGGGAUGAGUUGCCUGAAUACUUGAAGGAUGAGCCCCCAGCAGAUACCAGCAAAGAUCAUCCUCAACCCCAGCCUGGCAUAUUCUCCAGGGUGGCCGGUGGUCUGUUCAGUGUCACGAAGGGAGCCGUUGGGGCCACAGUGGGUGGAGUCGCCUGGGUCGGAGGGAAAAGCCUGGAUCUCACAAAAACCGCUGUAAGCUCAGUUGCAGCUGUUCCAGCAAUGGGAGUAGGGCUCGUGAAGGGCAGUGUGUCUGCCGUGGCUGGUGGUGUGACCGCCGUCGGCUCCGCUGUCGCCAGUAAAGUUCCCAUUGGCGGAGGCAAGAAGAAGGAUAAGUCUGAUUGAAUCACGUGACUCGAAGGUACUUUUGUCAGAGGCGUCUGCAUCAUGUCUUCUUAGACUCCAGAGUGAGUUGAUUGUGGAGAUCCUGCUUGUGUUAACAGCAUAUUUGGACCAUAUCCGUGUGCCUGACCGGACCAACAAGACGACAUUCGCAAGCUGGGUCCUCCACGCAAGAACCUUUGUUUUCGUGUUCUAUUGGAAUACGACAUUAAGUCAAAUUGUUUAUGUAUGAAGUAUUAAAUAUCUGACUAGAGUUGGAUACGUGGACCUCUAAAUGUUCCGUUAAUGCUUUACUGAGCACACAAAGACACACACUUGUGCCUCACUGUACACACAAAGAAUCACAUGCUUUAAAUAGACCUUACAGUUGAAUUGCUCCAAGCCAGUUGUAGGGAUGAGGAUCAAUCAAGUGUCCCUUUAUGUGCUGUGGGGGGAGAUCUCAGACUGUGGUGCUCCAUCCGAUUGAUUGUUUGUGAGAUUACUUACUUUGAGCCUCUUUGGUCCAUGCUGAACUCCAGCGAUCACUCUCUGUGUCUCCCUGAAAAACAGAGAAAGCACAAUCCCACACAUAUAAACUCACACAUUAAGGGCUGGUGUGUUUAGAAUUCACCAAACAACUCCAAAAUUACACAAAUCUGAAUGCUGAUAGAACUGCGUUCGUUUUUUGUUUGUUUGUUUGUUUUAGGGAAACAUGCAUGAUUAUCUCCAUCAAAAUGCAAGUCUUUCUGUUUUGAUGACAAUAGCUGUAUUGCAAUACCCAAUUACAUUUUCUUUUCUGUAAGUCAUUCUAUCUGUGCUUUUGCUUCUUUAUCCCGUUUGCUCUUUUAAAUAUUUAAUGUGAAUUUGUUUUGUUUUAUGGGCCAACAAAGAACCACAUAAAGUGGAAAAGUGUAAUAUAGUAUUUUCUUCUGUCAAAUAUUUGUGUUCCGUUUACCAAAGAAUAGGAUUGGAAAAAUCAUUUGCAGACUGUUUUUGUUUUGUUAAUGUUAAUAUGCAGUAUACUUUAUGCUAUUUUUAGAUAGAUAGUUAUCAAAUAUAUAUAUAUAUAUUAAUGUGGUGGUGUUUUUUGUUUUGAGACAAUCCAUAUUUCAGUGCAUUAAUGUGAAUUCCAAGGACCUGAAUAAAGAGACACCACAGUUGCUUCCAAUUCUAA